GAUCCUGCAACAGGUACACUUUCAUCUCUAGUGCAUGCUGGCUACAUACAUAUAGCCUAUGUGUGUAGGAUUUGGGGUGAGGGCAACUAUGUGUUCUCAACUAACAAAUCUCACAGUUUGAUUUUGUCCACAAGUAAUGAUUUGCCUAACGCUUACAUAAAAUGAGCAUGUUGUAGUCUUCUUUUUGUAGCACAGGUGUUGCGGAGGGUCAAAACCAAACUGUUUUGGUUCUCCUCAGGCCAAAAUGGAAGAACUGCACUUGUUCCGUGGAGACACGGUGCUAAUGAAGGGAAAGAAACGCAGGGAGACAGUAUGUAUCGUUCUUACUGAUGACUCUUGCCAGAAUGAGAAGAUUCGAAUGAACCGCGUCACCCGUAACAACCUCCGUGUGCGCCUUGGAGAUGUGGUCAGUGUACAGGCCUGCCCGGAUGUGAAGUAUGGAAAGAGGAUUCAUGUACUCCCCAUCGAUGACACUAUUGAAGGGUUGACUGGGAACCUCUUUGAAGUUUACCUCAAACCAUACUUUCUGGAAGCCUAUCGUCCUGUACAUAAAGGUGAGAAUCGACAGAAUCACUUAUGGUGCCUACAAAAACACCUCCAUUAAGCUGUUCCCUUCCUUCCAGACUCACUUGUCUGCCAUUUUCCCCUUGCUACAAGCAAGCCAACUGGACUAGCAAAGUAGAACCACGUUUCUCUGUUUCGCUUGUGCAGUCUAACCAUCUUUACUGAUGAGGAAUUGGAGCCAUUUUUUCAGUUGCCUCUUAACCAGUGGUGGGAUUCAAG